CACAUCAACUAAAAUAAAGGAGAACGUAAUAAUCAUGUGGAAAAGAUAUAAAAAAGAAAGAAAAGAUCUAACUAUUAGCCCACUAGCUGAAGUAAAAUCUGGAGAGCUGGAAGCUUUUAGGAAAUGGAAGCUGGAGCAGUUCCUAAAAGGAAAGGAUCAGUCCUCCAAAAGUCCAAAAGUCGGGCCUAAAGUAUUUACUUGUAGAAACUGCCAUAAGUUCUACAUGGAGAAGAAAGAUCUUCUGACUCAUCUUUCAAAAUGCGCAGAACGGCCUGCAAAAUAUCUAUGCAGAAAAGGAUGCGGAUUCAAAAGCAAAACUCUUCUAUCAAUAAAAGAGCAUGAGAAGAACCAUGUUUCACAAUUGAAUACUGCAGUAUUAGAACCAACCACCAGCUCUGUAACGCUAAACACUGAGUUCGAAAAAGAAGUCGGCCCAAUUGAUGACCUGGAUCUGGAUUAUGAAGAGGAUACGUCCGAAGAUAGCCGUAUGUUUGAAUCACCACCAAACCCCCAGCCAAACCCGCAAGAUCUGAGAUCUAAAUUGGUGAAGAAAGACAAUGAUGUCAAGGUCACUAGUACAUAUGAGACAAUGACAUUUUUGGUAGAUGCAACAUCGAGAAAGAAGUUACUACAAUUUGCCAGCGAAAAUGACAUCGUUAGGAUUUCAAAAUCCACUACCACAUCACUCAAUGGCGUAAGGGAGACCAAGACUAUCACUUUAGCAGAAACACCAUUUUAAAUUUACGGGAUAAUUGUGACAAUUGUGUUUAUGGAUUAUACAUGUAGCUGAACAUUAUUGCAGAGAUGGAUUAUUUUGUGGAUGUUACGAACAUUUGGAUAUUUUACUGCAACUGGAUUUUAUCUUUGACUUUACCAUGGACUAUAAUGGAAU